ACGCACUUGGCCAGGCAGUGGCAGACGGACCGUGCGGACACAGUCUUGGUAAACCAUGGCUGAUGAUUUCGGCUUAUUCUCCUCGGGCGGGGGUGCCCCAGUGCCAGCGGAGGAAGACCCAGCAGCUGCUUUCCUGGCCCAGCAGGAGAGUGAGAUCGCGGGCAUUGAAAACGAUGAUGAAGGUUUCGGGGGCGCAGAGGGAGCCCUGCAGCAACCGGCGGCUGAAAAUGGGAAUGGUAUUGUGGACAUGGGGACUACAGUCAAUGGAGACAUGUUCCAGGAAGCCAAUGGUCCUUCAGACGGCUAUGCUGCUGUGGCCCAGGCAGAUAGGCUGAGUCAGGAACCAGAGAGCAUCAGAAAAUGGAGAGAGGAGCAGAAGAAACGGCUGCAAGAGCUGGAUGCGGCUUCGAAGGUGACUGAGCAAGAAUGGCGGGAGAAGGCAAAGAAGGAUCUGGAAGAAUGGAAUGUGAGACAGAAUGAGCAGAUGGAGAAAAACAAAGUCAGCAACAGGAUCGCUGACAAAGCAUUCUACCAGCAACCAGAUGCCGACAUCAUAGGUUACGUAGCAUCAGAAGAAGCUUUCCUGAAGGAGUCUAAGGAAGAGGUACCUGGCACAGAGUGGGAGAAAGUGGCCCAGCUGUGUGACUUCAAUCCCAAGAGCAGCAGGCAGUGCAAGGAUGUAUCCCGCAUGCGUUCUGUGCUCAUCUCCCUGAAACAAACCCCACUGUCCCGCUAGGCACCCAUCCAGGGUUACCAAAGAGCAGAGGAUGAGGAGGAUGAGGCAGAGGCCUAAGAAAAAAAGAGAGGAGGGCAGGAGAAGCAAAUUUCUUUGCUCUGGAAACCACUAUCAAGUUCUCCUCUAAAAGCCACAGCACAAAAUGUUUAUUAGUUCUCUCCCAUCCUUUGGGGGCAAAGGAGCCUCCUCCUUAUUUUCUUCCUUCCUUCUCAAACCUACCUUCUUAGGUGUCUUUUGCCACGUCAUGACCAUCAUCCCCACAGGUCUUUUAUUUUUCUUGGCUUAAAGGAUGUAUUAUUAACUCUUUUUACACUUAUUUAUUAUCAUUCUUGUAUCUUUGGAAGCCAAUCUAUGUCAGGCUGCCAUUUGUAUUAGGUACCAUCCAACAA